GACGCCGACAGCAUCAGCCUCGAGCUGCGCAAGCCCGACGGCACCCUCGUCUCCUUCACCGCCGACUUCAAGAAGAAGAACCCACGGGCAGUGCGGCAGGCUGAGGAGGUGCGGGGCCUAGAGCACCUGCACAUGGACAUCGCCGUCAACUUCAGCCAGGGGGGCCUGCUGAGCCCCCAUCUUCGCAACGUGUGUGCCGAGGCCGUGGAUACCAUCUACACCCGCCGGGAGGACGUCCGCUUCUGGCUGGAGCAAGGUGUGGACAGCUCCGUGUUUGAGGCUCUGCCGGAGGCCUCGGAGCAGGUGCACCUGUCCCGCUGCGGGCAGGUGGGGGAUGGCGGGAAGCCCUGUGUCUGCCGCUACGGCCUGAGCCUGGCCUGGUACCCCUGCAUGCUCAAGUACUGCCACAGCCGUGACCGGCCGGCCCCCUACAAGUGCGGCAUCCGCAGCUGCCGGAAAAACUACAGCUUCGACUUCUCGGUGCCCCAGCGGCAGCUGUGUCUCUGGGAUGAGGACCCCUAGCUGGGCUGGGGUGAAAGGGGGCCGUCUCUGAGUUCGAUGCUCUGGGUCCACCGCCCUUCCCCCAGCCACUGGAGGGGGUGGCCGCCCCCCACUGAGGCCUUAUCUCCCUUCUCUUCCCUUGAUCCCGGAGCCUCUGGCCCCAUCACUCAAGACUGUGAAAAGGGGUGUGGCAUGGCAGGGGUUAACUCAUGAAGGCAGCCCCCACUCCCACCCUGUGCCUCCCUUGGGGACAGAGAGAAGGGGGUUCUCCGGAUGUGUCCCCCUCCCCUUCAUCUCCCCUGAAGUGUUCUCUUUCAAGCAAACAAAAUGUGAUGGCCCGUGAUUCUGUUGAACUCUUUGAAGGUUUAGACCCGAAAAGGUGUCUGUGCCUGUUACACCGACCUCCCCCCGCCCCGCCCCCACACACACACGCACCCCCACUCCCCCAUCUGGAAGGAGCUGGCUGGCCCCUCUGCACCAUCAAAUGCCCAACGAGGAGGGGACCACGUCUCAGCGAGGGGGCCGUCGGGGACCAUUGCCAUAGCCCCUCCACCAGAUCACAGUGCAUUCUGCUCAGUGCUGUCCUCCCAACACUGGGGCAGGUGAGGGCCUCCCAGCCCGGACACAAACCACACGUGCCUUUCCCCAGACCCAGACUGUUGGGAGAGCAGGCCCCAGCUUCCCUCCUCGAGACAGAAAUAUUUUUUGUAAAGUUCUGGGGCGGGGGGGAGCACGAAGUAUGAGGAAAACUUGAAUUCCAGAUUUUUAAUGCAAAGUAUUUAUCAUUUGUACCAGAAAUAAAAGUUUAAAUUUUUAUUUGACAGCUCGUCGCCGAGUUCUGAAAGAACUCUUGGCCAAUGCUGCCACCUGGUGGCAGGAGGGGCGUUCGCUCUGCCGGGGACCAGUCUCGACACACCGCUAAGGCACCUGCUGUGUGCUCACUCGCUGUGCAGCAGGGAGUGGAUGGACCCGGGACGUAUUAGGGAAGGAUAAGACAAAACUUCUGCACUUAAGAAGAAGAGACAUAGAUGAGCAAGUCAGACAGUAACAGUAUAAAUAGAUUAAGGCAAGCAAUAAGGCAAAAACUCCGGAACCAAACUGCCAGGGUCCAAAUCCUGGCGUGGCUUAUUUCCUGUGCAAUCUUGGGUCAAGUCACUUUACCUUCCUGUGCCUCAGCGCUCUCCGCUAUAAAAUGGGCUUAAUUGUGAGGCUUACAUGGGUGUUCAUACAUCUGAAGUGCCCGGCACAAUAGUGUUCAUUUUAUUCGCUAUUAUUAAUAUCGUUACUGUUAGUGAAAAGAGCAGGUAUUUCCUCACCUGUACACCUGAGACGGCUAAGCCAGACAUCCUGAAGGUCUCUGUGCUUCCAAAGUACCUUCCAGUUUGAAGAGACUGUAAUAGGAAGUGCCGAGCCGGGUGUUGGAGAACUUU